ACGAGACUUCUGGGCGAAUAGAUUAUGUGUUUGCCUUUCGAAGGAAUCAAGUUGAAAUGGACACUUAGAACUGCUUGACUUUAUACGUUGAUUUUGACAUUUAUUUUUAACCGACUUCAAAAAAGGACGAGGUUCUCAAUUCGUCGAAGCUCAUACACUCGAAAACGACUGAUCAAUUGAGAUAAAAAUCACAAAAAUGUUAUUGAAAAGUUUGAAGCCACAGAAUUGGUACAGAUUGUAUGUAACAAGUUUCCUAUCCUCUAAAUGUGUGGAAUUUAGUUCCUGUAAUGUUGAUACCGUCGCGGCCGAUCUCGCAUACAACAUUCAUGAUAGCCAUUUUGUAGAUCCGUCUAAACCACCCUUGGUCACCUUUCAUGCUUUUUUGGGAUCAGGAUCACUUUGGGAUGGUGUGGCUAUGGAAAUUCAAAAGGAAACAGGAAGAAAAGUUAUAAACCUGGACGCUCGAAGUCACGGCAACAGCCCACGCAGAGCUUCUCUUCAUUAUUUCGAAAUGGUCAACGAUGCGAUAAAAGUAUUUCGGAAAUUGGAAAUACCAAAAGUAUCUAUUAUUGGUCAUAGCAUGGGUGGUUAUACCUGUAUGGCUCUAUCACUUCUCUGUCCCGACCUGGUCUCCAGUUUAAUUGUGGUUGAUAUUUCUCCUGUAAAAGCUCGUCUAGAUUUAGUAUUUGCGAUGAAUGUUCUGAAGUGCAUGGAUACUGUUCCUUUAAAGUCAAGUUUGACAAUGUCAGAAGCGAGACAACUAGCGGAUCAUAAGUUACAAGCCAUCACGACGGAUAAGAAAUUGAGAAUCUAUUUAGUUUCAAACUUAGUCAGGACAGCCACAGGAGAAUAUACAUGGAAGACUAAUAUUCCGGCAUUAAGAGAUAAUUUAAUAAAUAAUAUAGCGAAAUUUCCUCCAAGUUUAAAAGGACGUAAAUAUCUUGGUCCCACUUUGUUCAUAUGUGGAGCCUCAUCGGAACACGUUUUAAAGGAAGACUUGCCGGAGAUCAAAGAUUUCUUUCCACAAGCUGAGUUUACCUUCAUAGAGGGAGCAAAGCACUGGGUGCAAACUGAUCAGCCGGAGCGAUUUAGAGAAACGGUGUGCAAAUUCCUGAAUGAAAAAUAAUUGAUAUCAGUGUUUGUUACUACUGUUUUCAUAAUUAUUCACCAUCCGUUCAUAUAAUGGUAACAAUACACUGGCGGACUCAUUACCCGCAUCAGUAUUCGAAGCCUUUGAAAUAAUUCGCCAUUCAAACUUUUUAUACAAAGACCUAAUGUUAAAUAAAAUAAAUAAAAAAAUAAAA